AUACUAAAAGUUUCGCUGAGGUUUUUGAGCUGCUCUGCGUUGGUCACACCGUAGAAGAUACCUGGAAAGUUCUCAAGUUUUUUCGAUUUGAUAAGUAAUUAAAUUGAUUAAUCCAUUCGAAAUGGUGGUUAAAGCUGUCUGCGUAAUUAAUGGCGAUGCCAAGGGUACGGUUUUCUUCGAACAGGAGAGCAGCGAGACGCCCGUGAAGGUCUCUGGGGAGGUGUGCGGCCUGGCCAAGGGUCUGCACGGAUUCCACGUGCACGAGUUCGGAGACAACACCAACGGCUGCAUGUCGUCCGGACCGCACUUCAAUCCGCAUGGCAAGGAGCACGGCGCUCCCGUCGACGAGAACCGUCACCUGGGCGAUUUGGGCAACAUUGAGGCCACCGGCGACUGCCCCACCAAGGUCAGCAUCACCGACUCCAAGAUCACGCUCUUCGGCGCCGAUAGCAUCAUCGGACGCACCGUUGUUGUGCACGCCGAUGCCGAUGAUCUCGGCAAGGGUGGCCACGAGCUGAGCAAGUCAACAGGCAACGCUGGUGCCCGCAUCGGCUGCGGCGUUAUUGGCAUUGCCAAGGUCUAAGCGAUAAUCUAUUCCGAAGUCGGCCACUGUGCUGAUCUACUCUAUUUAGCACUACCUUCUGGAGAUAUGCAAACGAUACACUUCUACAUAUAAAUACAUAGCCUGUGGUCUGUUAGUUGAUACGCAACCUUGCAACCUUUAAGGUUCAAUAAAUUGGUGUUUUGAAAUUACCCCAUAACCAAAAU